AAAUCCGAUAUAUUCGAGUUAUCCCUCUUGGUAAGACAAGGAAUUACAUUAUUGUAUGUUGGGCGUAGCUGCAUAUUGGUUUCAAUUGGGGGCAAAAAUAUAAUGCUUGAUUGUGGAAUGCAUAUGGGCUACAACGACGAGCGACGAUUUCCUGAUUUUUCUUUUAUUGUGCAAAAGCAUGAUUUGACGGAAUACCUCAACUGCGUUAUUAUAAGUCACUUUCACCUUGAUCACUGCGGUGCUCUGCCAUAUAUGACCGAAAUGGUGGGCUAUAACGGUCCAAUUUAUAUGACGCAUCCAACAAAGGCCAUUUGCCCGAUUUUACUGGUAAUAUUUUUAUUGUUGAAAGGCGUGGAGAACAGAAUUUUUUCACAGCAUUUUAUGCCGGUCAUGUUUUGGGAGCUGCGAUUUUUCACGUCAAAGUUGGAGACAGGUGAUUAUAACAUGACACCAGACCGUCAUCUGGGUUCUGCUUGGGUUCCUCGUUGUCGUCCUGACCUCUUGAUCACCGAGACAACGUAUGCUACAACUAUACGCGACUCGAAGCGUGCAAGAGAACGGGAAUUUCUGGAGAAAGUCCAUUCCAGACUUGAUGCUGGUGGCAAGGUUUUGAUCCCGGUCUUUGCUCUUGGCAGAGCUCAAGAACUAUGUAUUCUAUUAGAAACGUAUUGGGAAAGGAUGAGUUUGUCAUUUCCCAUUUACUUUUCAGCCGGAAUGGCCGAGAAGGCCACUGAGUACUACAAACUCUUCAUUUCGUGGACGAGUCAAAAGAUUAAGGAGACUUUCGUUGAACGCAACAUGUUUGAUUUCAAGCACAUCAGAGUAAGCGGCGGUUGCCUUAUGUUGUGGACCAGCCCGGCCCGAUGUCGUUGCACAUUUUCCGCAAAUGGUAAACAAUUGUAUGCUUAUCUGCAGAUUCUAAACGGAGCUAAGAGGCUGGAAUUCGACAAGCAGACACUUGAGGUGUGUAUGCGGGUGGAGUACCUCUCGUUUUCGGCCCACGCCGAUGCACGCGGUAUAAUGCAGCUCAUCUCGCAAUGUCGACCUGGCCAUGUCCUGCUGGUGCACGGCGAGCCGAGCAAGAUGGAAUUCCUCAAGGGUCGCAUCGAGUCAGAGACUGGGUUGGAGUGUUCAAUGCCCGCCAACGGCGAAAUCGCAGUAGUGCCGACUCGACCGCGGUGCCAGCUCUACGCACCUGCGGAACUCCUCAGAGCAGCCAUUUGUAAGUCAUCGUGCACGAGUGUGUCGUUUGUCGCUAGUGCCGAAAGACAAGAUUUACGCAGAACAGGACAUGACUUUCUCACUCCAGGUAUGUAG